AUGACCAAGCUCCCUUCACAGGCGGCAUGCCGCGCCUGCCUCGGUGCCCGUCAGACAGCCCAGCCGGCUCAGAUCCAGGCGAGGGUGCCGCAAGUCACUUCGAGGUUGCACGCCCGUGCCCACAGCCUCCACACUGCGACAGCGCUGGCCUCGUCGGUGCGUUCGGCCGCCAGCCUGCAUUCAUCGCUUCACUCGAGAGCUUUCUCGUCCUCUCCGCUCCACAACUUCAGCGGGUCGCGCGUCUCUCACUUGCCGACCACCAUCACGAUCCUAGGCAAAGAGUACCCGACCGACGAUUAUACCAACAUCCCCGACUCGAUCCUCUCGAGACUGGCGCCUUCGCCCACGUUGCCCUACACAUCUAAUCACCCGCUCGCACUGCUGCGUGACCAGAUCGAGGCGUCCAUCGGCCCGAACUAUACUCCCAUUCAGGCAACCUCGCCUGUAGUCUCCACGGAGCUCAACUUCGAUGACCUCGGCAUCGCGGCCGACCACCCUGGCCGAAGUCCGACGGAUACGUACUACGUGAACCGCGACACAUGUCUGCGCACGCACACGUCGGCACACGAGGUGCAGACGUUCCGCAAUAAGCACGAGCGCUGGUUGUUGACCGCCGACGUGUACCGCCGCGACGAGAUCGAUGCGUCGCACUACCCGAUCUUCCACCAGGUCGAGGGUGCGGCCAUCUUUGCACACGAAGACUACGCACCCGGCGGCAAGGUGGAGAGAGAGUGCAUCGAGAUGGAGCGAAAGCUGGCAGGAGCCAACUUUGAGAUCGAGGACGUCGUCGGGCUGUCGGAGGCGGGAGGGUACCAGAGCCAUCACGACCCGCGCGAGGCGGCGUUGGCAGUACGUCAUCUCAAGGCGACGCUCAACGGGCUGGCGUUGGACCUGUUCGGCGAGCGCCAUGCAUUCGAUGCGGCACAGAAGGGAGGCGGGUCGGAGCCACUGCGCGUGCGAUGGAUCCCGGCCUUCUUCCCGUUCACGUCGCCGUCGUACGAGGUGGAGGUGUGGUUCCGCGGCAAGUGGCUCGAGAUCCUCGGCAGCGGCGUGGUGCAGCAAAAGACGCUCGACAAGGCGGGCGUGCCCGAUCGCCUCGGAUGGGCAUUUGGACUGGGCUUGGAGCGCAUUGCAAUGGUGCUCUACUCUAUCCCGGACAUCCGGCUCUUCUGGACAAAGGACCCGCGAUUCCUGGGUCAGUUUGCCAGCGCACCCACCAACCAGGUCUCGGCAGCAGGCGGUAAGGCUCCCUCCACCAAAGCCUCCAAGCCGAAGCUGCUCACGUUCAAGCCAUACUCCAAGUACCCGCCGUGCUACAAGGACGUAUCGUUCUGGCUGCCGCAGGAGCGCAAGUUCCACGAAAACGACCUAUUCGAGAUCGUUCGCGACCGGGUAGGAGACCUGGUGGAGGACGUGGUCAAGAUCGACGACUUUGUUCAUCCCAAGACGAAGAAGCAGAGUCUGUGCUACCGCAUCAACUACCGCUCCAUGGACCGAUCGCUGGAGAACGAAGAGGUGAACCAGCUCCACUCUGAUGUGCUCAACAGGCUCGUUGACCAGCUCGCCAUCGAGAUUCGUUAG